AUGAAUAGACCACCGGAGAACGAUCUUUGUUCGAUUUGUCAUGCCAACUUCACCUCUCCUUGCCAAGCCAAUUGCUCUCACUGGUUCUGCGGGAGUUGCAUUAUGCUUGUGUGGAGGCAUGGAUCUACAUUACAACCAUGCAAAUGCCCCUUGUGUCGUCGUCCAAUUAGUUUGCUGGUUCCUUCAGAGGAUACAAUCAGAGAUCGUAGUGACCGUACAGUUGCAGAGGUUCUUGGUAAUCUUGAAACGUACAACCGACUCUUUGGUGGGCGUUCAAGUAGUUUAGUUCAGAGAAUGCAAGACCUUCCCUUCUUACUCCGCAGGUUGUUACGGGAAAUGAUGGAUCCACAAAGAACGCUUCCACUUGUCAUUAGGGCUCGAGUUUAUAUUGCAAUGAUUCUCAGUGCUGUUUACAUUAUCAGUCCAAUAGAUAUCAUUCCAGAAGGAGUUCUGGGGGUAGUCGGUUUACUUGAUGAUCUACUCAUAGCCCUGAUUUGUUUCCUCCAUGUUGCUGCUCUGUACCGCUCGGUUCUCUAUUUCCGUCAUGCCGGUUCUUGA